AUGGAAGAUGGCCAGGAAGACGAGGGUGAGGACUACGAUGAGGAGGACGACAUGGAAGAGGACGAGAAUGUGGAAGUUCGAGAAGACGAGAAUCCGGAGGAGAAGCCAAAGGCUUCCGAGGGCCCGAGAAAGACCACGCCGUACCUUACAAAGUACGAAAGGGCACGGAUCCUUGGUGCACGGGCAUUGCAGAUAAGCAUGAAUGCGCCAGUGAUGGUCACUCUUGAGGGUGAGACCGACCCGCUCCUGAUCGCCGAGAAGGAGCUACUUCAGCGCGUCAUCCCGUUCGUGAUCCGCCGCUUCCUGCCGGACAACACGUACGAGGACUGGAAGGUCUCAGAGUUACUGGACCUCGAGUGA